AGCUCAAUGCUUAUAUUAAUCUUCCAUUCAAUUAAAUAUUUGUGAAUAAGAAGUUUUGUUCAUUACACAAUCGUUGCUAUAUUUUCACAUUACUUUGAGUUUUGACACGACUUUGUACACGUUUCUCCAGAUCCCCUUAAAAUAUCACCACCCAUCAUGUCCGACAAGAUCCCUAUUCUCGCCGCUAAUCGUGUGAGUGAUCAUGCAAAGAAAACACUUGAUCUUGUCACAAAAUUUGUCGAAGAGAGAUGUAUACCCGCCGACCCUAUAUUCCACGCUCAACUCGGCGAAGGUACUCAGAGAUGGGAUGCCUAUCCUUCAGUCAUCGAAGACCUUAAGAAAGAGGCACAAAGUCUCGGAUUAUGGAACUUGUUCCUCGCAAAAUCACAUUACAAAGAAGGGGCCGGAUUCUCGAAUCUCGAAUAUGGAUUGAUGGCAGAACAAUUGGGGAAAUCACAUUUGGCAUCUGAAGCUACGAAUUGUGCGGCGCCAGAUACCGGAAAUAUGGAGGUGUUGGCGAAAUAUGGAAAUGAGGAACAGAAGAGACAGUGGCUAGCUCCAUUGCUGAGCGGUAAGAUUCGUUCAGCUUUCUUGAUGACGGAACCGGAUAUCGCAAGUUCGGAUGCUACGAAUAUUCAAAUGGAUAUGAGAAGGGAUGGGGAUCAUUGGAUUUUGAAUGGCUCGAAAUGGUGGUCGAGUGGCGCUGGUGAUCCACGAUGCAAAGUUUAUAUUGUUAUGGCUAAGAGUGAUCCUAACAAUCCGGAUCAAUACAAGCAACAAUCUGUUAUCUUGGUACCAGCCGAUGCCCCCGGUAUCACUAUCAACAGAAUGCUGUCAGUCUACGGUUUUGAUGAUGCGCCUCACGGACAUGGUCAUUUGACAUUCAAGAAUGUUAGAGUGCCAGCAAGAAAUAUGGUACUUGGCCCCGGACGCGGAUUCGAGAUUAUUCAAGGUCGUCUCGGUCCCGGACGUAUUCAUCAUUGUAUGAGAUCUAUUGGUGCUGCCGAGAAAGCUCUUGAUUGGAUGCUCAUGCGUAUCAAUGAUCCUAAAAAGACACCUUUCAAGAAACAGUUGAAAGAACAUGGUGUGAUCCUCGAAUGGGUAGCAAGAUCAAGAAUUGAAAUUGACGCGGCCCGUUUAGUUGUACUCAAUGCUGCUAUUAAGAUAGAUGAAGGUGGUGCAAAGAGUGCGUUGAAGGAGAUUGGUGAGGCAAAGGUACUCGUACCAACUAUGGCAUUGACUGUCAUUGAUCGUGCCGUGCAAUCGUUUGGAGGAGCUGGUGUUUGUCAAGAUACCCCCCUCGCAUCCAUGUGGGCAGGUAUCAGAACAUUGAGGUUGGCCGAUGGACCAGAUGAGGUACAUCUACAGCAAUUGGGCAGAAAUGAAAACAAAAGAGGAGCUGAGGUGACUCAGAAGAUUCACAGACAAAUGGAAGCUACGGAAGCUCUGUUUGCUAAGUACAGAGUCAAGCAUGUAGAGCCAGGGCCAACUGUUCGGGAGAAAUCUAAGUUGUAGGUAAGAUAGGAAUAGGGAUUUAGUGUGUUUAUGCGUACAAGGGAAUGAAGACCGAAUUUUCACAUGAUCUACUCCAUUGAAGUAUAAUAUAGUUUUAAAGGUUUAUAAAUUCAUGCCAUCACGAGCAUAAUAAAUGUAUAAGAUUGAUGAUAU